AUGGAGAGAGCGAUGUUGGGACGGGUCGGGAUUUGUUGCACCUUACUUGCUGUAGCGCUGCAAGAUCUUGACCCUGUGGCAGUGACUCCAGAAGGCCCAUUGCUUGCUGCUAAAGGAGAUACUGUGGAGCUUCAGUGUAAGACCAAGUCCUCUGAUGAAUACACCCUGCAGUGGAAAAAGGCACACCCUCCCCCAGCUGAGUGUGAUGGGGUCACUGUUGCUCCGGAGAAGCCAAUGAUCACAGGAAAUAAUCAGGCUAUCACUGUCAGUCAUGACACUUCAACCUCCUCUGAAGUGGCCAAGUGCAUCAGCAGGAACGCUUUCCCUCAGCCUCGUAUUAUCUGGUUUAAAGAUGCCACCCCUCUGCCCGAAUUAAAGGACCAAAAGGAAAAAACUUAUAUGAUACCUAGUGUGGUGAAGGAAGCCUCGGGCCUGUACACCAUGACCAGCACGCUGUUCAUGCAGCCGGUUAAAGAUGAUGCUAAAUCAGUCUUCCACUGCACGGUGGAGUACAGCAUGCCAAACAACCAGAUCAAACAGGAGAGCUCCGAUAAAUUCAACCUCUCGUUGCUCUAUUCAACAGAAAAUGUGUUUUUCAAACUGAAGAAUCAAGGGCCAGUCAAAGAGGGGGAUGAUGUGCUGAUGGAGUGUGAGACUGAUGGAAACCCUCAGCCAGAGUUUGAAUUUUGCAAAGAGGAUGAAGUACUGCAAGGAUCGAAAGGAACGUUAAAAGUGAAGAGUGUCACUCGAAAGGAUGCUGGGAUCUAUAAGUGUGAAGCUCUGGACUUUGACGCCUUGGAUGGUGUGGAACUUAUCGAAACUCUAAGCUUAAAUGUGCACUAUCUUGACCCUGUGACAGUGACUCCAGAAGGCCCAUUGCUUGCUGCUAAAGGAGAUACUGUGGAGCUUCAGUGUAAGACCAAGUCCUCUGAUGAAUACACCCUGCAGUGGAAAAAGGACUCAAAGGUGCUGUCACAGACGGGUGUGUUGACUCUUGAGUCAGUGACUCUGGCUAACGCUGGUGUGUAUUUAUGUGUCGGAGCAGUACCUUCAGUGCCAGGUCUCCAAAAACAAGCCAAUGUCACCCUUACCAUCACAGGUAAACCUGAGAUUGAUGCUUCAGUGAAUGGUUUUGUUGAUAAGGAAGGAGGGAUGGUCACUCUCAACUGCUCUGCUCUUGGUUAUCCUGCUCCACAGUUCACCUGGACACCUUCUGGCAAAGAGUCAGUGACAGUAGUGGGGAAUAAGGUGAUCAGCACGGUCACUCUUGAGGCUUCGGCUGCGGUUCUGAAGGAUGGUGUGAUUUGUGAAGCAUACAACAAGCAUGGAAGAGGCAGCAAGAACUUCAAAGUGUCCAUCAAAUCAGAUCCAGACAAAGCAUCAGAUUUCAAUGCUGCUAACCGAGGAAACCCUGUGUUCAAAACAGCGGAGAAACAGCAGGGAGGUUCGAGCGCGGUCGUGAUUGCCGUGGUGGUGUGCGUUCUGUUAGUUUUGUGA